GCAGAUCUCAAAUGAAUUUUCUAUUAUAUAGAAGGAUUAGAAGGAUUAAAUGUACCAAAUUGCUCUAGUGUUACACAACACUUUUAAGAUUUUAGAUAUACAUCGUUCAUUCCGCCGCUUAAGAGAAACGUCUACCCUACGACCUUCGCGCUGCGUGGAAUCCGUGGAUACAAACGGAAGACGAACAGAAUCGUAAGCCGGUCAUCGCUAGGAGGAAGAAAAACGCCAGACUGCGCACGUCGUUUCCAAUCGUUCGCUGCCAGCGUCGCCAGAAGAAGAAUCGCCGGUGCAACACUGCCGGUGUGCCAGUCUGUUUCUACGGCAGAGAAAAACGAACGCCGCUGCAUCACCGGAAAAGGAGCUUGCGUCGGGCUGUCUAGAUCCUCCAUCAAUCAUCUGGACCACUGCCACCUUCUCCGGAGUCGAGGGGCUACUGAUCGCUGCCGUCACCCUCUGCUGGAAGGAGUCGAAGUCGCCGCUGCUGCGCCUGGAACUGCGUCUAUUUGCUAAAGGCGAAGACGACUGAGAAAAGUGACGCUUUGAUGAUGAUGUUGAUUUUGAGAGAGCUUCCGCUAGAAAAGAUGAUAGUUUUCAAGUCUCGCGUUUCUCCUCAGAUUAGAUUGACUCAUACUUUCAAUAUCCCACGUAGACAACACCAAAAGCCUUGUAGCUCUCUUGAGGUUCCUCCAAGCAUUUGUUUCAAGCCGGCUGCUAACAAAAGUCACACACUUGGAGGAUCGUCUCUACAUUUCCCAUUGCAAAAGAGAGCUCAAUUUGGCAAGACAUUUUGCUCUGUUGGGAUCUGUACAUAUCCUGAAAGUGUUAAUGAAUUUCCAUCACAUACACAUGAAGAGAAGACAGGGGUGCUUCUUUUGAACCUUGGAGGGCCAGAUACACUUCACGAUGUUCAACCAUUCCUUUUCAAUCUGUUUGCUGAUCCUGAUAUUAUACGCCUCCCCAGGUUAUUUCAAUUCCUACAGCGCCCAUUAGCACAAUUAAUAUCUGUUCUACGAGCUCCCAAAAGUAAGGAAGGCUAUGCUGCAAUUGGAGGCGGUUCACCUCUGCGAAGAAUCACGGAUGAUCAGGCAAAUGCUUUAAAAAUCUAUGCGGAAAACUGUCUAUAUCUGUGAUACAAACUGUGCUUGUAGCAUUUCAAUUUCAACAACUUUAUCCUUCCAGGCAAAUGCUUUAAAAAUGGCACUAAAAGAGAAGGAAGUCACUGCUAAUGUCUACGUUGCUAUGAGAUACUGGCACCCAUUUACUGAGGAAGCUGUUCAACAGAUCAAACGAGAUAGAAUUACGAGACUAGUUGUGUUACCCCUAUAUCCUCAAUAUUCCAUCUCGACGACUGGAUCAAGCAUCCGUGUUCUUCAGAAUAUGUUUGGGAGAGAUCCAUAUUUGAGUAGACUACCUGUGGCUAUCAUACAGUCAUGGUAUCAACGACAGGGUUACAUCACGUCCAUGGCUGACUUGAUUGAGAAAGAGGUUAAAAAGUUUCCACAGCCUGAUGAGGCAAUGAUAUUCUUCAGUGCACAUGGAGUACCUGUCAGUUAUGUUGAGGAUGCUGGUGAUCCAUACAGGGAUCAGAUGGAAGAAUGCAUUUCAUUGAUAAUUCAAGAACUGAAAUCAAGAGGAGUUAACAAUGAGCAUACUUUGGCUUACCAGAGCCGAGUUGGACCCGUACAGUGGUUGAAACCUUACACUGAUGAAGUUCUUGUUGAACUUGGAAAGAAAGGAGUGAAAUCUCUGCUGGCUGUUCCAGUGAGCUUUGUGAGUGAGCACAUAGAGACACUUGAAGAGAUUGAUAUGGAAUACCGAGAGUUGGCUCUUGCAUCCGGAAUUGUGAAUUGGGGCCGCGUCCCAGCCCUCAACUGCACCUCCACUUUCAUAACUGACCUCGCAGAUGCAGUGAUCGAAGCUCUUCCGUCUGCCAUUGCAACAGUCUCAACAACAUCACCCAACUCCCCUCCAACUGAAGAAGCUGUCAUGGAUCCCUUGCGGUACAUAACCAAGAUGCUUUUGGGCUCUAUUUUGACGUUCGUUUUGCUCUUUUCCCCAAAGAUGCUCUCGGCAUUCAAGAACCACCUCCUUUAGAAGUGGUAAUACCAACACAUUAUUGUAUCCAGACAAAAUAUUAAUACAUCGAAACACGUAAAUGAUACUCAAAUGCAAAAGUUUUAAACUUUCAUACGGUAUUGUAUGUAGUAUACAAAAUAUUAUUUUCCCCCAACCUAAAUAAUAUCAAGUGCAUUGAGGAAGGAGGAUUUUCAUUAAAUACUACUAUAUUUGUUCCAUAGUAAAGUUCUCAUAGUACUGAAUGCCAGCUUUACUUUAAGGCGGAAUAGUA